AUGGAAUUACAAAAUGGAAGUAGGUCAAAGUGGGAUAAAAAACAAUUCGAACAAGUGCAGUUAAUUUUGAGCAAUGAAGGUGAAAAAACUCCUGCAUUUUAUCAUAUUUCAAAGACGUACGAAAUUUUGCGAAUUGGAUCAGAGUGCAAUAUUAUUUUAAAACGCAGUUCUGGAAAUAACGAUCUGAUCUAUAUGGUCCCGAUUGAAGAUUAUUACGAAAAACUUACGGAAGCACACUAUCAAACUGGUCAUGUAGGUCGAGAUAGGAUGCUGUACUAUAUGAAAAAGAAAUGGCGCAUCCCCAGGAUUGCAUGUGAAAUUUUUAUUAGUUUGUGCGAAACUUGCAACUUAAAAAAAUCUGUUGCCAAAAAAGGGGUGGUGGUGAAGCCGAUUAUUUCCCACGGAUUUAAUGCCCGCGGUCAAGUCGAUUUAAUCGACUUUCAGUCUUGUCCCGAUGGAGAGUACAAGUGGCUGAUGAAUUAUCAGGAUCAUGCCACUAAGUUCCUGCACCUACGACCUAUCAAAUCUUAA